UGUAGAAAGAGCAGAGUUAUUCCGAGCCGAGCCGGUGCGGAAGCUUGACGUUAAUUUAGAAGCCGGGGUAUUGUUCCUGAUUGCAUGAGGCCUUUAGAUAGGAUUUAAAACCGUAAGUCUUCUUGACGCAUACACAUAUUGAAUAGCUGAUGAGGAGCAAGGAGCAAAUAAUGCGAGGAACAUUCUAAUAUAAUUCAGCAUAAUUGGAUAAAAAAAUAUUCGCUUCUGAGUGGCACAUGUACAUUUUCAUGCAGAGCUGGUCAGAUCUUUCACGUCAGGAAUUGACAGAAGUAAAGGGAUACAGUACGCCUCUUCAUAGCUACAGUAGAUAGGAAAUAAACCAACAGAAUGGAUGAUAUUGAGGAAAUCAGGGAGAUUUUUAAUCAGAUGGACUUGAACCGUGAUGGCUUUCUGACGGACAAAGAAAUUCAGGAGAUCCUCCAGGCCAAGGGCGAGAGCUUUCCUGCCUACAAAUGCAGGGACUUCAUCAGAGAGUACGAUACCGACAAAAACGGUUCCCUCACUUUUGAUGAGUUUAUGAAGCUGUAUGACGACAUCAAGAAGAAUAAGGUUUCAUCAGGGUUUCUCACUCAAGUAAAAGCCAGGGUAGGCAUCCAGGCAGAGAAAGGAACAUCAGAAGUAAGCGCUGCAGGAACAACUCAUUCCUUCUCAAAGGAGGAGACUGCAGCUUUCACAAGAUACAUCAAUGACGGUCUCAACUUAACGAAUGAUCCCGCCCUUGCUUCCAAAUUGCCAAUAAGUGUGGAGAGCGGGCUCUUUGAAGCUGUGGUGGACGGCAUAUUGCUAUGCAAAAUGAUCAACAGUUCGGUUCCAAACACCAUCGACGAAAGGGUCAUCACCACGACCAAGCUGAACAAGUUCACCCAGCUUGAGAACCUGACCCUGGCUCUUAAUUCGGCCAAGGCCAUCGGCUGCAGCGUCAUCAACAUCGACCCCAUGGACAUACAGAACAAGACGAAGCAUCUGGUCCUGGGUCUCGUCUGGCAGAUCAUCCGGAUUGGACUGUUUGCGAAUAUUGAUUUGCAAUUCCGGCCUGAGCUGAUCCUUCUCCUGAACGAGGGUGAAACACUUGACGAUCUCAAGAAACUGUCCCCCGAGGAGCUCCUUAUCAGAUGGGUCAACUACCAUCUUGAGCAAGACGGAUCUACUCGCCGCAUCAAAAACUUUUCCGAGGACAUCAAGGAUUCGGAGGUGUAUUACUGCCUAAUGAGACAGAUAGCUCCCAAAGACAUUGAACUAAGCUACACUCAUAUGAACAGACCGAGUAUGGAUUCUCGUGCCGAAGAGGUCCUUAACAAUGCUGAACUUCUUGAUUGCAGAGCAUUUGUCACACCGAAGGAUAUUGUUUCUGGGAACUCCAAGCUGAAUAUGGCUUUCGUGGCUAAUCUCUUCAACCACCACCACGGCCUGGUCCCCUCAGAGGAAAUGGAGUAUGAAAACGUUGAAGAAACGCGGGAGGAGAAAACAUACCGUAACUGGAUGAACAGUCUGAACGUGAAACCAUAUGUGAAUCACCUUUACAGCGAUCUGUCCAAUGGUCUCGUCCUUUUAGAGCUGUUUGACAUUGUCAACCCUGGUAUCGUCAACUGGGAAAAGGUCAACAGACCUCCGUACAAGAUGGCUGCUAAGAUGAAGAAGAUUGAGAACUGUAACUACUGCGUCGAGCUUGGACGCAAAAUGAAUUUCUCUCUUGUUGGAAUCGGAGGGCAGGACAUCUGUGAUGGAACUGUCACCCUCACUCUCGCUGUUGUAUGGCAGCUGUUGAGAGCCUAUACACUGCGUAUGCUACAGGAGAUCAACCAGAGUGACAAGCCCCUUAGUGAUCAACAGAUCGUCAGCUGGGCAAAUACAAAGCUCGAAGAAGCAGGGAAAUCCUCCAAGAUCAAUAGCUUCAAAGAUCCACGAAUCGCCGAUUCCCUGCCUAUACUGGACCUUGUGGAUGCCAUUAAGCCAAGCAGCGUCCGAUAUGAUCUCUACAUCGAUCCACGGACAGGAGAAAAUGGCGAGGAAAGGGAUAGCAUAAGAAUGAAGAAUGCACAGUACACCAUCAGCAUUGCUCGCAAACACGGCGCCAUGGUCUAUGCGCUCCCAGACGACAUCGUCGAGGUCAACCCGAAGAUGGUCAUGACGAUCUUCGCUUGCUUGAUGGCGCUCGACCGAGCUAUAACCAACAGAUCUUCUUAAUCAUCAUCAAAGCAACAUAAUCAAUUUUCGUAUCAUCAAUCAUCAAGUCAAUAGUAUGAGACGUACAUACAGG